GUAUCUUGGAUCAGAAAGGAAGAUUCACCUCCUACAAUUCUGACAGUUGGUGUUACAACAUAUAUUGCAGAUCAAAGAUUCCUUGUUGAGCACGCGAGGCAUCUGCAAAACUGGGGCUUGGUUAUUCAGCAUGUCAGGCCAGAUGACGCUGGACUUUACGAAUGCCAGGUUUCGACUCAUCCGACUACAAGUAUUUUUCUAGAGUUGAAAGUUACUGAGGCGAUAGCGGAAAUAAUUGGAUCUCCCGACAUACACAUCAGGGCGGGUUCUUUACUGCGCCUGGUAUGCACCUUAAAGCACUCCACUGAGCCUCCGAGCUACGUCUUCUGGUACCAUGAACAAAGGAUGAUCAACCAUGACACCGGAGUAAGCGUAACAGCUGACAAAUCUUCCAGCGUACUCCAGUUGCAGGAAGCUGAUACCAGUCAUAAUGGAAACUACACUUGUUAUCCUUCCAAGGCGAUCCCAGCUUAUGUCAACGUUCACGUUCUGAACUCCACUGAAGAGGAAAACCCGGCAGCCAUGUUACACGCCAACAGCAGCGAUGUUUCCACAGCCCUCUUCAUGAGUACUCUCCUGACGCUAUUCUUGAAUAUAAUGAUGAUGUUAGACAGAUGAAAAUUUCGACUGGAGAUGUGAGCUGUAAAAAAACUGUAAAUAUCUGUAAAUUGGACUUUCCUUUGAUGUGAUGACUUACAUAAUUUUAUCCUGUAAUGGUGAAUUGGUAACUGUAUAUACUGUAAAAUACUAACUACAAUCGAAUGGUCUUUUUCUGUGCUACUAUAAUCUGUACAUAUCGAAUCAAGCAAAUUGAUUGAAUGGAGUUAAUUAACGACUUGAUUACCGGGGGUUCAUGAAUUAUUGUUUCAAUUCGCGACUUUGAAAAAUCUCAAUAAAAUUUUUCUUAAA